UCAGGGGCAGCUCCAGAGAGCACAGGUGCAGCCGGUGGCUACCCGAACCCAGCUCCAGCAUGAGCUCCUUCGAUCUCCCGGCGCCCUCGCCACCUCGAUGCAGCCCCCAGUUCCCCAGCAUCGGCCAGGAGCCCCCCGAGAUGAACCUUUACUAUGAGAACUUCUUCCACCCUCAGGGCAUGCCCAGUCCUCAGCGCCCCACAUCCUUCGAAGGUGGUGGCGAGUACGGGGCCACCCCCAACCCUUACCUCUGGCUCAAUGGGCCAGCCAUGACCCCACCACCCUAUCUGCCUGGUACUAACGCCAGCCCCUUCCUACCCCAGGCCUAUGGCAUGCAGAGGCAGCUACUGCCCAGCGACCUGGGCUGGCUACCCAUCCCCUCUCAGGAGGAGCUCAUGAAGCUGGUCCGUCCACCAUAUUCCUACUCAGCCCUCAUUGCCAUGGCAAUCCACGGUGCGCCCGACCAGCGCCUCACACUGAGCCAGAUCUACCAGUAUGUGGCCGACAACUUCCCCUUUUACAACAAGAGCAAGGCUGGCUGGCAGAACUCCAUUCGCCACAACCUGUCACUCAACGACUGCUUCAAGAAGGUGCCCCGAGAUGAGGACGACCCAGGCAAGGGGAAUUACUGGACUCUGGACCCCAACUGUGAGAAGAUGUUUGACAACGGAAACUUCCGCAGGAAGAGGAAGAGAAAAUCAGAUGCAUCCUCCAGCACCGGCUCCUUGGCUUCAGAGAAAACGGAGAACAGUCUCCUGGCCAGCAGCCCCAAGCCCACAGAGCCUCAGGAGGUCUUAGACACUGCCUCACCGGACACUACCACCAGCUCCCCAGAGAAGCGGUCUUCCCCUGCCCCCUCGGGCACCCCAUGUCUCAACAACUUCCUUUCUACUAUGACAGCCUAUGUGAGUGGGACAAAUCCCAUUAGCCGCUCAGUAGCCACGCCUGGACUGAGCCCGGAGCCUAUUGACAAGAUGACGCAGAACUCACUGAAUUUCAACUCCUACACCCCCCUUACCAACCUCAGUAGCCAUGGGAAUGGGGGUGAAUGGGCCAACCCAGUACCCACCAAUGCUCUGGGCUAUGGAGGCUCUGUCUUCAACCAGUUCAGUCCACAUUUCUACAAUAGCAUUAACACCAACAGUGUCCUCUUCCCCAGGGAAGGCACUGAAGUCUAGAGAUAGAACAGCUUCUCGUCCACAGAGUUGUCUGGGGGAAAAGCAAUGGUGGUCCUUCAGACCAGAUCCUUUACUACCCCAAGAUCUGAAACAUUUGAACUUCCCAGAUAGCACCACAGGAAGCUUGGAAGAAUCUGUGUUCUUUCCAAACACCGUUUAAGCCUUCUGGCUCUCUAUCACAUGUGAACCUACACAGAUUUGAUAGCUACAGUGGGCGAGCCAGGAUCGACUUGCCAUUAAUAAUGUGGCCAUUUGUUGAGUACUUAACUAUGUGCUGGUUCCUGUCUUGGGCUUUUUAGUGACAUGGUCACACUAUGUACCCUCCUCCUUUGAGGUUCAUAUGAACCUCUCCAGUUGACAGAUCAUAAAACAAAGGCCCAGGAAAGUUGUCAGCUUUUCCAGGGUCAUGAAAAUGACAGAGAAAGACCUUGAAACAGGCUGGGUGACCCCCGUAGUCUGGUAAAAGGGAGCAGGGAUGGACAAACUGGAUGUGUGUCGCAUAAAAAGCUGGUUAUGGCAAAUACGUGCACACGUCCCACUGGCUUCUAGUGACCUCCUCAGAAUUCAGCACUAAUUUGGCCAUGACAUGUUCCCACCUGUCCUUUUCCUUCUUGCCCCAGCUUUACCUACAGACAUUCCUUUACCUACCACUCAGUGGGGGAAGCUAACAGCAGGAUGCCCAGCCCAAGUACCCCUGUAGGACACAGUACCUCUAGUAGGUGCAAUCCAGGGUAUCACUUCACUAACCUUCCACACAAUUUGAGCAGAGCCAGAGGUCAGUGAGAAAAGUGGUAUGUACCCCUGAACCCCUACCCCAGCACUGCCCACCCACAAAAUCUCGUAAACACCAGCUUCCUGUGUGUAUGUGUCAUGGACCAGUGAGUAAGAUGUGACUCAGGCUUCCAAGAGAAGCGAGGGCAAGUAAGCAGAAUAAGCAUGUCCUUAUUUUUAUAGCCCUGGAGAGGUGGAUACUUGUCUGAGAGAACAAUGGCCGGGUGGGAGGGAUCCUUUGCCUGCCCUCUGAGGGCAGAGCGGCUGUGAGCCCAGCUUCUGGCACUGCUCUUUCCUCCUUUUGUGAGUUACCUUAUAUGGCUGUGAGGUCUUCUCGAAGCACACCCUGAGAAGUGUUGUUCGGUUUCCUUAUUUUCUUUUUAAUUAAAAAAGAAAAGAAAAGAAAG